UCUCCGCCGCCGCCGCCGCCGCCUCUCCGAGCCACGACCGCCGCCGUCCGAUGCGGGCACUCCUGCGCGCCGCGUCGGUGCUCCGCCGCGCGGCGGCACCGGCCCUGGGAGCCAGCUCAGGCGGCAGACGGGGCGCGUUGCUUCCCAGCAAGAAUUUGCCAGCGGUCUGUUUCAAUGGGUAUUCCACUCUCUUGGCUCCAGCAAAUGAAGUGCUCAUUCCACAAGAACUUCUAUCCAGCAAGACUGUUUGGACUCCAGAUCGAGAGCUGGGGCAGUAUGAAGACCUAGUAUCUCGAGUGACAAACUUCCAUAACGAGGACAAGGGCUUCAUGGUUUUAGAUGGUGAUGUUUUUGAUGUCCCCAUCAGGAAGGAUAUUGUUCACAGAGUAGUAAGGUGGCAACUUGCUAAAAGGCAGCAGGGGACACACUCAACUAAAACUAUCAGUGAAGUGAGCGGCACAGGAAGAAAACCUUACAACCAAAAAGGAACUGGCAGAGCACGACAUGGUACACUGCGUGGCCCUCAGUUUCGGGGUGGUGCAACCAUGCAUGGGCCUAAACCACGAAGCCAUGCGAUUAAGUUGCAGAAGAAAGUACGGCGUCUGGGACUUAAGAUAGCCUUAUCUGCUCGAACUGCCGAGGGAAAGCUAUUGGUAUUCGAGGACCUUGAAGUUCCUAGCCACAAGACGAAAAACAUUGUGCAGUAUAUUAGGCAGAUGGAAGACACGAAGAAGGUCUUGUUGGUUGAUGGAGGUGACAUUGAUACGAAACUAAAACUGGCUACCCAAAAUCUUCACUAUGUGAAUGUUCUUCCAUCCAUCGGCUUAAAUGUUUACAGCAUCCUUCAGCACGAUACUCUUGUAAUGACUCGAGAUGCUAUCAAUAGAAUUGUUGAGCGGAUGCACACCCCCAUCAGCCGCUAGGAUGUUGAGAUUCGAUGCCAACACCAUUGUUUUGUAGCAGUUGUACUUCGACCCCCUAAAGCUACAUGCAUCACAGUUUUCACUUUGCUGGUGGAAAGCAAUAGCUGCAACACCAUUUUGCUUUUCCCUUCCGAAAUUAUCUGGUUGCUUGAGCUAGUAGUUUCAGUAACCUAAGGUUAUGUGUGAUCUAAUUGAUUAUAUCGAAGUAGGAAACGAAGGGGUAAUCAGCAUUCAUGACUCCAGGAUUUCUAAUAAAUACAGUUUCUGAUUAUGUUAUUCCUAGGAUUUUCAGUUCGUUGCAAA